AUGGACUCUAAAGGCCAUUUGGAUGCGGUCUCAGACAGAAAUGAGAAACAUGUUACUGGAAACUUGAGAAAAGGUGAUCAUUAUAACAAUGUGGCAGAGAGUUUUGUUGAAUUGUGUUCAGAUCGUAGUGUUUUGUGCAGGGGACUGUUGACCUUCAGGGAUGUGGCCAUAGAAUUCUCUCAGGAGGAGUGGGAAUGCCUGGACCACACUCAGCGGGAAUUGUAUAGGGAUGUGAUGUUAGAGAACUACAGGAACUUGGUCUCCUUGGGUCUUGUUGUCUCUAAGCCAGACCUGAUCGCCUUUUUGGAACAAAAGAUGGCUCCCUGGGAUGUGAGGAGAAAGGAGACAAUAGCCAUACACCCAGGUAGGUGGGAAUGA